GCUGUGUGGGCAGACCCUCCUCUCCGGACCAUCGCUGGGCGGUGCUGCGGUCCCUGUUUCGGCUAACGGCGGCUGUGCGAUCGUGUGACUCCAUCCCGGGGACCUUCAUGCCGGCCAGGAGGGAGGGAGCCGCAAAUCGCGAUGGAGCCCAUUGUCGCGAUAGGGCCAUAGAGGUAAUAUCGCUUCCCAGCUCGGGCAAUGAUACAUAGCGAUCCAGGCGGGUUCCAGAGGGCCCCUGUGUGUGCAGAACAUUAUGGCUGGCAGAUAUGUUUCCUAGAUCACAGCCAUGGCUAACCCUGGGCUCCCAGGCUAGCUAUACAGGGCUAUACAGGCUGCACAGGAGGGGCUGAGCAUCAUGGGAUUUGUAGUGCUCCUGCAUCUGGAGUGCCAGCGUCAUCCAUCACUGCCCUACCAUGGGGUUCAUAUUUGGGGUCACAUUUUAUACAUGUAUACUCCCACUCCCAGCACUGCCUGGGUUAAUGUGCCAUAAAGCAAAGUAUGUGCAGUGUGGGUUACAAUGACUGCACUUUAUUAGCAGUUUAAAAAAAAAAAAAAAGAAUAAUAUUUUUUUAUUGAGUAUAUUCUCUAUAUUAAUAUAUUAGCUGCUCCCUAAAGAAAAAACUUAUUGCAACACUUCUGUAUCAUGGAUCAGUCAAAUAUUAUUAGUAAAACAGAGAGAGCAGCAUAUAGUGUGUCAUUUAUGUCUCUAUUUGUAGAUGGAUGCUAUUUUACUAGUAUUUUAGAGUUACUCCCACAGAGGGGUGGAAGGGGGACAGGCAAUUCUCCUGUUUCCUUCUAAAAUUCUCAAACACUAUACACAGAAAUACAUAUAAGCAAUCAGCUGCUGCUGUGGAUUCAUAGAUUUUUCGCCAAUCAGGUUUAGCAUGGUGGGAGUGAUGGUUCGCAGUAGAUGUAGUCACAUAGGUUUGCCUAUUCCUAUAUGGAUAGAGGCGCCCAACAUUUCAGGUCCUCAGUCUAGUUCGUAGAUGACUUCUUAAGUUCAGUUGUUUAGACUUGAACUUUUUUUUUAUUUAGGCUGUUUUUAAUGUGUAUUUUGUAUUUUCUGACCCCUAAUAAUCAUUUAACCUCCCGUGUCACUGACAGGGUUAUUCACUAAAUAUGGGAUUUUAGUGAACUGAAUUAACACUCCGCGCACUAAAUGUGCAUAAGGAUUUGAGAGAGUGCCUAAGUAACUUUAUUUAUUUAUUUUUUCCUUUGGCACUAUAAUGACUUCAUUGAAAUUAAGUGUGAUGUUGGGCCUGGUUUAUCUUAAGGGGUUAAACCGCUAAUGAACUGUGUAACCCCCAGAGUCUUGUAUUCAGAGCUUGAAUUAUGAGGCCUGGAUUGUAAUGGAAGCUUGCGGAUAGACUAAGAGUUUCAGCUGACACUUAGCCUAUCAGUAGAUCCCUAUUCAUAAAAUGGCUAAAGAAAAGUACAUUAAAAAAAUGUUUUAACCCCUUAAGUACACAUGACAUAUGUAAUAUAUGUAAUAUGUCAUGAUUCCCUUUUAUUCCAGAAGUUUGGUCCUUAAGGGGUUAAAGCCCUGGGGGGUGGGGGGGACUACAGAUAGGUUGACAGCUGAGCAUAUUGGUGGCUCCCAGUCCAUGACUUCCUGACUUAACCCUCAGACUGAGGAAGUAGUAGCUGUCAGAUCUAUCGGAUUCAAGACUUUCUGGUUAGACCGUUCGUUAGCAGUUGAGGUAAGCCAGUGCCUGAGGACCUCCUCGCACCAUAGUUUCAUUGUGAUGAAGUGUUUUGGUGCCUAGAGUGUUCCUUUAAAUCAAAAUGGUAAACAUUAGGCUAGAAUCCCAUUGUACAGCGCUAUGGAAUUUGCUGGCGGAGUUGGAUUUUUUUUUCAAAUCGGCUGAUUUAGUCUAAAUGUUGCCAUUUGGCUUUAAUCUGCUAACAUCCUGUGCAUUUUUAAUAAACCUUUUUGCAUGAUAGGUCAUGUGCAAGUGUGCUUUAUGCUUUAGCAUUCUGUGAUGUAUUGACUGAAAUGUUUGUUGUAGUUGUAGUUAUUUUAUUGUAUUAUGUUAGUAACGGUUUGUAAAGCACUAUCCUAAUCCACAGCUUUCUUCAAGACCUGCUGUGAGAAAUCUAUCUUUCAGCCAUCUGUUAUAUCAGCUGUGAGUGAUAGCGAGAAGAUUAUCUGGUAUUUAAAGGGGAAAUGUUGCCUAAAAAUAACUUUCCUGAGCUUUGCGCUCAUUGUAGUGGGUAUGGAAAAAGAGUCUUUGGGUGUUGUACCAUCAAUUUGUGAAAAACUGAUACUCUUCUGACACCUAAAAUCCUGCCCCACUGCAGCAGCCUAUUUAGUUGGUACCUAAAUCUCCUCGUUAGCUGCCCAUCUUUGGAUGGUAGUGAUGCACUGCAAGGGCAGUUGUUGGAGAGCCCUGUACUUUUAUGCAUACGUGCCCUAAAGCGGUUUGACACAAACUGAGGGGUGUCAUCAAGAUAUUUUAUCCCAUAAUCACUGUAGUGUGCUGUGGUGCUUAGACUGCCCAUUCAUGUUUUAUUAAAAUAAAUUAAUAAUGAUAAUUAAAGGGACACUAUAGUCACCACAAGAACUACAGUUUAAUGUACUGUGUGUACUGUAUGUAGCCUGUCCCUGCAGGAGAAAAGGUUGUGUUUAUAUUGUUAACUAAGAACACCUCAUGCACUGCAUGAAGACGCUGAAUAUUCCCAAAGAGACACAUUCAUUCAGUGCAUCUCUGUGAGGAAAUAGUGAUUGGCGCAGUGCAGGGUUUUGCUGCACAUGCGCAAUAGCCUCCCAAUGCUUUCCUAUGGGAAAGCCAUGGAUUGACUAACAUCAGAAUUGAUUAAUUCACUUGUGGAGUCAGGCGGUGCCAGUCGUGACGAGACUGGCAUGGGAGAAAAACUGAAUCACCAUAACCCCUUAAAACCGGAGGGCGUACUAUUACGCCCUAUUCUAAGCGGCUCUAAACGGCUCUAAUAGAACGCCCUCCGUUUUUUUUUUUUUUUUACUUACCCGGUCGCCGGCGAUCCCACGCCAGCGAUUGCGGUUGGGGAGACUCACCUGGGAUCCCAGGGAGUCCCCCACGGCAGAUCCUGCCUCCCCCGGCCAUGUGAGAGUUAAUUACGGUUGGACAGACAUAUAGCACAAAUGCCAGGUUUUGUUUACGUUUUGUUUUGUUCACAACGUGUACAUUUGGCUCAGUCCUUAAGGGGUUAAGAGCGAGCUAAGUGGGGCCUGGUACCUAAAUAGCCACACAGGCGCUUAACCCUUAAUUCCUAUGGAAGCAGUAGGGUGUACUUAGUUUUUCACACAUGAUACAUCUCCUUUUUUAUUUUUUGUUUGUUUGGUAAAUCAUGAUGUGGUGUAAUAUGUCAUGUGUUGUUCAUCUGAGGAUGAUUGUUGUGGCCUGAUAUGUAAAAUCAUAGAAUUCGAAGAGGGUGUGCUUUCUUUUUCCCUAAAGAGACAGAGAGACAGAGACACAGAGACACAGAGACACAGAGACACAGAGACACAGAGACACAGAGAGACAGAGAGACAGAGAGUGUGUGUGUAUAUAUAUAUAAAUAAAACAAGAGGGGGUUGGCUGCACUCACCUUAACAUGCAUAAAUUGGGGGUGCUGCUGGGGGCCAAAUAAUACAAUACACAAGAUCCAGCGCACUCACCUAUCCACUAAACAGCAACUUCAAUGUUGAAAGAUUUUAUUUGUUUUUUUAAAAACACCUAAUCUAGGCAAAAAUAAUGGGGGUUUAGUUACAUUAUAUGAUCAUACAGUGCAUAAGCCUGCCACAACGUCAAUGUACCCCAUCUUUGGCAGGUCCUACACUAACAGCCUAAUGUCUGCUCUUAUGAGAUUAACCUACUUGGGGAAAAAAUUCCAUCUGGGGCUCUCUGCAGUACAAGGCUAAAUAGGGCCCUGGAUGAGGCACCUGUGACAGGGAGGGGUGCAAAACCAAGGAGUUGGCUAGACUCCCAAAUAUAUAUAAAACAAGAGGGGGUUGGCUGCACUCACCUUAACAUGCAUAAAUUGGGGGUGCUGCUGGGGGCCAAAUAAUACAAUACACAAGAUCCAGCGCACUCACCUAUCCACUAAACAGCAACUUCAAUGUUGAAAGAUGGGGUACAUUGACGUUGUGGCAGGCUUAUGCACUGUAUGAUCAUAUAAUGUAACUAAACCCCCAUUAUUUUUGCCUAGAUUAGGUGUUUUUAAAAAAACAAAUAAAAUCUUUCAACAUUGAAGUUGCUGUUUAGUGGAUAGGUGAGUGCGCUGGAUCUUGUGUAUUGUAUUAUUUGGCCCCCAGCAGCACCCCCAAUUUAUGCAUGUUAAGGUGAGUGCAGCCAACCCCCUCUUGUUUUAUAUAUAUUUGGGAGUCUAGCCAACUCCUUGGUUUUGCACCCCUCCCUGUCACAGGUGCCUCAUCCCAGGGCCCUAUUUAGCCUUGUACUGCAGAGAGCCCCAGAUGGAAUUUCUUUCCCCAAGUAGGUUAAUCUCAUAAGAGCAGACAUUAGGCUGUUAGUGUAGGACCUGCCAAAGAUGGGGUACAUUGACGUUGUGGCAGGCUUAUGCACUGUAUGAUCAUAUAAUGUAACUAAAACCCCAUUAUUUUUGCCUAGAUUAGGUGUUUUUAAAAAAACAAAUAAAAUCUUUCAACAUUGAAGUUGCUGUUUAGUGGAUAGAUGAGUGCGCUGGAUCUUGUGUAUUAUAUAUAUAUAUAUAUAUAUAUAUAUAUAUAUAUAUAUAUAUAAAAAAUUUUUUAUUGUAUUUUAUUUAUCUCAGUGGGUUACUCAGGAAGAAUGUUCACACUAAUCUGUUUUGGGAAAGUGAAGAAACCAGACACUUCCAAAUUUUCUUAAAGGGACACCAUAGGCACCCAGGCCAUUUUAUCUCAUUGAAGGUGGGCUGGGUGCAGUAACCCUGCAACAUAAAACAUCGCCUUUUUGUUAGGUCCACCUCUAAUGGCUGUCUUCCAGACAACCACUAGACAAGAUUCUUGCUCCCUAACAGAAGUCCGACGUCUUCGAAUUUCCAGUAGGAAAGCAUUGAGUCAGUGCUUUUGCAUGGGUAAGCUUUAACGCGCAUGCAGCGAGCACACACUUUACGUCAGUCCAGCUCUGUGACGCCUUGGCGCAGGAAUUAAGGUAAGAAAAAAAGUUUUCUCCUAAAUCAUUCACAGGCUGGACUGUGAGGGGACACACACACGACCUAAUAAGUUAGGGAAAGGAACACUAUAGAAUUAGAAAUACAGAUUCAUGGCAGUUCAUCAUAAAUGCAUUCAAGUUCAUACAAAAAUUCUAAUUAAUAAUCAGUUGCAAGGUCCAGUACUACAUUUGGAUCAUCCAGCGGAAACCAACACCUUAUUUCUUAAAGAUAUAUACAUUUGCUUUAUGAAAUAAAAUCAUUGCAGUAUUUGCAUGCUUUAAAACUUUGUGAGAUGUUCCCAUCAGAAUAGCAUAACCUGUUCUUUAUUAUGAACUGAAUGGAGACCUCAUUGGUUCAGAUUAAAGGAACACCAUAGUGUUAGGAAUACAAGACUUUAUUCCCAUUACUGUAGUAUGCUUCUGUAGUCCCUCCAGGACAGGAACGGCCAGCUUCCUCAUACCGCGAUGUCACCGUGGUAGGGGAACUAUGAUUUUUUUUUUUUCUUCUUCAACUGAAGAGGUUAAAAAAUAAAAUAAUAAUCAAAAAAGUGAAAAACCAAACAAAAACUAUAUUCCUCUCUGGUCGUGGGGAAUCUGCCUUCUUGUAAUCAUCCAGCGUAUAUAUGCUUCCUCGUUACUUAUCUACAUUUGGUUUUAGUUAAAUGGACUUUGGCAGUCAAAACUCAAGCAAUUUGUUUCAUCUACUGUGCAGAUGUGUUACAAAGCAUUUCGACACCAAUGCUUGAAAUCUGAUAGGGGAAGCACAACUUUCACAGAAUGGGCAUGGCAAGAAUGCAUCUUAUGUUGAAGGAAAAGAAAAAAAAUACAAACGCAAGAAAUACAAAUGUACCUAACCAACAGAGUGGUAGGAAUAUACACGAGUACUUAACUUGGUAUGAGAUGAAUGCAGCUUCCCAAGAGGUUACCCCCAAAUGAACCUCAAAUGCAGAUAUGUAAAUGGACAAAAUAGGGAUACAGCUGAAUGGAAAAUAGUGAUGGAUAAUGCGCCUUUAAGCCCUCAAGGGCUGCAGUGGUAUUCACCCUCCACGAAUAGGUUGCUCUGUCUUCAAAGAAGUGGGAGUAUGCCAGUGAAGUAUAAAAAUUUUUUUUUUUAUUAUUAUUAAAAGGCACUAAUAAGCCUAUAUCAAAAAAUCAAUAGUUAAAAGUAUACAAAUAAUACUGCAUCUAACGCGUUUCGUCCAUACAAAUUGGACUUCAUCAGAGAGAAUUUUUUGCAGUAUACACAAUAUGUCAAAUACAAAGCAUGCAUGCUUUGUAUUUGACAUAUUGUGUAUACUGCAAAAAAUUCUCUCUGAUGAAGUCCAAUUUGUAUGGACGAAACGCGUUAGAUGCAGUAUUAUUUGUAUACUUUUAACUAUUGAUUUUUUGAUAUAGGCUUAUUAGUGCCUUUUAAUAAUAAUAAAAAAAAAAAUUUUUAUACUUCACUGGCAUACUCCCACUUCUUUGAAGACAGAGCAACCUAUUCGUGGAGGGUGAAUACCACUGCAGCCCUUGAGGGCUUAAAGGCGCAUUAUCCAUCACUAUUUUCCAUUCAGCUGUAUCCCUAUUUUGUCCAUUUACAAGAAUGCAUCUUAACAGAGUAUCCUGCAUGUCAUCUGUGGUUCUUAAAGUGCCAUCGCAAUGCAUCUUGACUCUCUGUCGGUCAUUGUUAUUCGCUCUGUCUUUUGCAUCUGGCAGUCGUCCUGCAGAGAAGAGGAGAAAUAAAAGAUGUUUCUAUUUCUCCUGCUCAUCUGCAAUGUUUGCUCUGGCUUUGCCAUGUCUGGUCUUGAUGAUGUUGUGUGCCAUAUCUUUAAUAUUAAUUUAAACUAAAUUAGAGCUGUGGUAUUCAGCCAUCAGUCUAUCGCGGUACCUUCCAUAGAUCUCAGUGUUGUACUAUUGCGCAUGCACGAGAGUACAGCACUGAUGUGGCUCCUGGCAAAUGAAGCGUCAGGAGCUGAAAAGGCCACCAGGAAGAAGAUGGCACUGGCCGUGAGGAACAGCUUCAGGUAAGUAAAACCUACUUCCCCUGCGGCCACCUGACGCAUAAUGGAUCUAUCGCUUUUAGGGAUCUUUGCAAAAUAUGCAAAGACCAUUAAGUGACAGAUCCACUGUAUCAAAAGUUCUAGGUGAUGUUCAGUGUUUAAUAAAUGGUGUCCAUUUCCCAUUAAGCACUGGGUGUGUGUACAUGCACAUAUGUUUAUAUAAAUAUAAUGUCAUGUAUGUAUUCCCAAAAAUACAGGACUGCGAGGUAUGUAUGAGCCUAGGAAAGAUUUUCCUGCCACAGCUUUUUUUUUUUUUCUAAUGAAUCUAAAGGUACUUUAUGUUGGGAUCAUAAACUAAAACUGUGUGUGUGUGUAUGUAAAAUGAUGUCUGCUUACAUAAACAGAGAAAGAUGUAUAAUAAACAAAAAUACAGAGCCUCAUGUAUAAGGAGUAAGAAGAGAGGUAGUCUUAGUUACACUUCCAGUGUCCAUCGCCGGAACAGCAUUCCUGUACACAGUGUAACGGAAAGAGACUGUCACACGGGGCUCUGGACACUUACUGACACAUUAUUGGUGUCGGCACCUAACUCUCUGCUUAACUCUUAACUCUGGGGCUUUGGACACUUACUGACACAUUAUUGGUGUCGGCACCUAACUCUCUGCUUAUCUAUUGCUAAAUUACCGACAUCAAGUUCAUUCAUGUCCAGCAUCUCAGGAGUGCAUAUUGGAGACUCUUAACACUAAUUUUGUGUACUCUGUACAUACUUUAUUUCUCUUUCUUUUUCCUUUAUUAUGUUUAUGGGGGGAGAUUGAUAAGACCAGGCAUUUUAUUAAGGGGUGCCCUCGAAGGCACAAGACUCAGGAAUCUUUAUUCUAUAUGCAGUGGCGUACACAUGACCCAUGGGGCCCCGGUGCAAAGAUUGAUCCGUGGGCCCCCCCCACGCUUACUUGGCGCGGGUCGGGGUCGCAACACAUGGUGGCGGGCACCUGGUUGCAGGGGUUGCAGGGCUGCGACCCCGCGACCGCGGUAUUCACACACACUUAAAGGACCACUACAGACACCCAGAUCACAUCAGCUCAAUGAAGUGGUCUGGGUGACAGGUCCCUCUAGUUUUAACCCUGCAGCUGAAAACAUAGCAGUUUCAGAGAAACGGUUAUGUUUCACUGAGGGUUAAUCCAGCCUCUGGUGGCUGUCUCAUUGACAGCUGCUAGAGGAGCUUCCACGAUUCCACUGAACGUCCAUAGGAAAGCAUUGAGUAAUGCUUUCCUAUGGGGGUUUAAAUGCGUGCGCGCCUCUUGCCGCGCAUGUGCAUUCGGAGCUGAGAGGCGGACACUGGGGAGUCCGACGCUGGAGAAAGGUAAAUGCUGAAGACACACACACUCUCACAAACAGACGCAUACACACUAGCUAACAGACACACACAUUUACUGACAGAGACACACUCAGCGACAGACAUACAUACACACUCACUUACAAACAUACACUUUCACUGACAAACACACACUCACUAACAGACAUCAAACACACUCAGUAACAGACACACACAGUAACACACUCACUAGCAGACACACACCCAAUAACAGACACAUUCACUGACACACACACACUAACACACGCACUAACACACACACUGACACUAACACACACUCUAACACACACACACACACACUAACACACACACACACUAACACACACACACACUAACACACACUCUAACACACACACACAUACACUAACACACACACACAUACACUAACACACACAUACACUAACACACACACACACACUUUUUUUUAAUUUUAAUCCCCCCAGCCUCCUUACCUUUUGGAGUGCUGGGGGGAUUUCCUGGGGUCCAGUGGUGCUGCUGGGCUCCUGGGCGGCAGGUCACUGGGUGGGCGGGCUGCCUGGCCGGCCGGCGCGCGAGGGAGCACUCAGUGCUUCCUCUUCAGCUCCCUCGCGCGCCGCGUAGGGAUGUCGGCGCCGGAAGAUGACGUCAUCUUCCGGCUCCGGCAUCAGUGCGGUGCGCGAGGGAGCUGAAGAAGAAGCACUGAGUGCUCCCUCGCGCGCCCGCCUGCCCGACCGGCCACCUGCCCGCUGGGGUCAGCAGGGCCAGCCUCGGGGGGCCCUGGGGUGGCCGCCUCCUGGGCCCCCCAGGGGAAGAGGCUGGCCCACUGUGUACAUACCGGGUCGCAGGGGCGGCCGGGCCCCCUGGUGGGCCGGGCCCGGUCGCAGCCGCGACCCCUGCGACCCUGGUAUGUACGCCACUGUCUAUAUGCCUUCCUCUGUCACUGUCUGUAUAUUUUCUACUACCUAGGCAACCUGUUCAAAACUGUUUGUAAACCCCCUCUUUAUACUUUGACCUAUUAUUUAGAUGCAGCUAGCAUUUAGGCAACUUGUGUGAUUUUUAACCGGUUAACUGCUGCCUGUCAGCAGUCCUUCACAGGUGAGCUACUACUUUGUGCUCCACUGUGGUCAAGCAUAAGUUAACAUCAUUCAGUGCAGGCAGCUGUUGUUACACUAGAAUAUACUGCUAGGUAUCUUGCAUAAAAAACAGAGCCAGGUCAGCAACCCCUUAUUUUAUACUUUACUGCUUGACAGCAAUCUUUAAUUUAUUAUCAAAAUGCUACUAUGAUCUAGGCAGCUUUUGUGAUAUUUAACUGGCUAAUCGCCGUCUGUCAGAAAUCUGUCUUAGCUGAACCAUUAUCUUUGAUCUUUCUGAGGUUAAGCACCAUAGAACAUUAUCAAUUAUUGUAUGUGGAGUUAACCCUUGUCGUUAGUUGUACUAUCAUGUAGGGAUUUACUUAUCCAUAUCUUUUAACUAUUGACAGCACUGGUUUAGCAGUUGUCUUCUCUCCCCCCCCCUCUUGUUACAGCUAUUAGUGAUAUAUAAUAUAGUAUCACUUCUAUUACUUGGGAAUACACUGUUAUAUUGUAGCUAAACAGUAUUGCUUCAGCAUUAGUGUUAUGUAUACACUUUUACAGCUUGUAUAAGUAGUCACAGAGUUUUACUCGCUGUAUAGUCUCCAUUUACUCCUGCUGUUCAUAUUAUUUUUCUUUUUUAUAUUUUUAUUUUAGAUUUAUAUAUUAAAAGUUACUUUUUAAUCUACAAUCUUCUCAGUAAAUCAUCCACAGGUAGAAUGGCAUUUGUUUCUUUUUUUUGUUUAUUCUCUAUGAUACAUACUACACCAUAUCCGGUCUCCCUUUAUAUUUCAAGGAACAGCACAACUUCAUUGUUGUAGGUUCUGUGUUGCCUUUCAAAACACGUACGCCUGAGUGAUCUGAGCCUGUCCUGUUGAGGCUCAGUACCAUGUGAGUGGGUCCAUAUAUUUCUAUUAUCACCCCACUAUUUUUUUGAACGUACCACACAAUUGCACUUUUUUUUUUUUUAUCUCAUCCCCAUAUCUAGGCUAUUGCAUACAUAAGAGAGAGGGGAGGUGAGCUAUUUUAUUCGUACCCUUUAGCACUCCAUCUAUUGGCUGGUGUUGGUCUCCUACUACUUACCCUUGUAGUUGUGAUUGUGCUGAAAGGCAGUCAACGUUACUCCAGUUCUGAGUCAGACUGUUUUCAAGUGGUUCGACCAAAACUCAGGGUGCCACUUGUGCAUGAGUCCCAGCCCUUCGCUCUAGUGACCAUAUACUGUAACGAAACCCCACUAUAAAACUAUUGCAUUCUAUGAGACUUGAAAUUGGUGCUUGGUGAAUGAUCACUGGAUCAUGUAUGAUAGAUAUAUAUAUAUAUAUCUCCUUUUUCUUCAUGCAUUAGCCUUUUUCCUGUCAGAAGGAUCGUUUGUGAUUUCAGAUGACUCUGAUUCGGAUUGUGUAUGUUUUUCUGUUUGUAACUUGUUUUGGGGUUCACGCCUUGCAGUUAGUCUGACACACAUUUUAUUUUUAGCUCUCCAAAAUUCACUGAUAAGUAGGUACUAAGUAGAUACUGCUUUCUGUCUGAGUCAGACUGUUUUUUGACCAAAAUAUGGGGUCGCCCAGCUACUGAGUCCUGGCCCCUUGCUCUAUAUAUUGAUAAUAUGUCGACGUAUUUCAAAUGUGGCAGUAUUGAUUGUCUGAAAUAUUAAACUGAUCAUGUGGUCAGGUGAAACUCCGCAACCUGUGAUACUGAGCUGAAGUGAUCUGGGUGCCUAUAAAAUCCCCUAAAAUAUAGCCACUAGAGGCACUUCCGCGGGACUGACAGAAUACAACUGGACCUUGUGGCACGGAAACCCCAAUAGGAGAACAUUGAUUCAAUGAUUUUCUUUGGGGUAACUUGGAUGCGUGUUCAGCAAUUGCUGAACUCCCCAAUGCUCCUCUUUAAGGAGCUUUGCAUUGGACAUCAGAGGAGGUCAUGCCUUCUCCGUGACAUUGCGGGAAGCGGAGAGGUAAGCAUUAUAUUAUUUUAUAUGGAAAACUGGGGGACAGCGACCUGUUUUUAAAUAGGGACAGGGACACUAAAGCGUUUGGAAUACAGGUUUGUAUUUCUAUCACUUUACUGUUUCUUUAAUACGCAAAUGUGAUAUAUUCCCUCCUGUCAGCAAAUGUGAUAUUUUGGUGUUAAAAGGGGAAUCGUCAUGGCUCAGGAUUUCUAAUAUGUCAAUCAAUGUCAUUAACUCUGUCCUUUGUUCCUGGCAAUCAGCAUAGAGAAAGCAUGCAGAGAAUACAUUCUAUUUUCCCCUCUUCAUUUUCAUUGUGUGUCUGUAUGGAACUGGAUUAUUUAAUUUUUAGAGAAAACUGGGGAUUACAUGGGGGGAAAAAAUCUCAAGUUAUAGGUUAUCUUCUUUCUUUGUAAAACUUUUUAAUUUAUUUAUUUUAUUCAGUACUGUAGUGUAAUUUCUAGAAAAGUGAUGGCUACCCUCUAAAACAGGCUUUCCCAAACUCUGGCCCUCCAGAUGUUGCUGAACUACAACUUCCAUGAUUCUCAGCCUAUCUAUUGCAUUCAUAGAAUCAUGGGAGUUGUAGUUCAGCAACAUCUGGAGGGAUUGAGUUUGGGGAAGCCUGCUCUAAAGGAACACUAUAGUGUUAAGAAUGCAAAAUCUGUGUUCCUAACGCUACACUGUUCCAACUUAUAAGCAUGUCCCCCAAGUUGUAAAAAAUGUUUUUUAAAAAAAAUGAAGUUUUACUUAUAAUUUUUUUUUUUCCAGUGCCCAGGCUCCCCUGGUGCUGCUUGGCCUCCUUCACGAUGGUAAAAUCCAAUGCUCCUCAUAAAGGACCUAACGUGCAUUAAUGCUUCCUGGGGGGCUUCCAAGUCAUGUGACCAGGUUUGGCUCCAUCAGUGUGGCAGAAGUGCCUCUAGUGGUUGUCAUACUGACAUCUACUAGAGAAGUAAUUGCCCAAAACCUGUAAUGUUUUACAUUGCUGGGUUAAAGGACCACUAUAGGUACCCAGACCACUUCAUCUCAAUAAAGUGGUCUGGGUGCCAGGUCCCUCUAGUUUUAACCUUGCAACUGAAAACAUAGCAGUUUCAGAAAAACUGCUAUGUUUCACUUAGGGUUAAUCCAGCCUCUAGUGGUUGUCUCACUGACAGCCGCUAGAGGUGCUUCUGCGAUUAUCACUCUGAAAAUCACAGUGAGAAGACUCUGGACGUCCAUAGGAAAGCAUUGAGUAAUGCUUUCCUUUGGGCGGUUUGAAUGCUCUUGCUGCGCAUGCGCAUUCGGAUCUGAUGUUGGCAGGGGGAGGAGAGGUCACCAGCGCCGAGGGAGCCCGGCGCUGGAGAAAGGUAAGUGGCUGAAGGAGUUUUAACCCCUUCAGCCCAGCGGCAGGGGGGUUUUCCUGGCACUAUAGUGCUCCUUUAAGGGGUCAGGGACACUGCACACAAACCACUUAAUAGAGAUAAAGUGAUCAGUGCCUAUAGUGUUCCUUUAAGCACUUGGUAAGAGGGAUUUAGUAAAUAAACCAUAACAUUUAUUGCUCUCUUUUUUUUUUUUUUCUCCUUCAAGUUUAAUUUGUAAAUAACCAGCCAACCAACCAAACUUCCUCAUUCUUCAAACAGAACACGUCUGAACAAGAUUUAAAAGCCAGGUAUGUCAGGAUUUGUCCGAAUCCUAGCAUUUUCAGUGAACUGGUGAAAUGUAAGCAUGACCACAACCGUUUACAAACCUUUUUAUUGCAUUCGUACCAAGAGGUAUAACCAAGCAUUGAAGCUGGCACUGUAGGAGUUAAUCUUACUGUGACCAUUGUCUUUUCUUUACCUUUCUGGUUGUGUAAUAUAUAAAUAUGUGCUCAAAUAUAUUAAUGCUGCAAAAUCCUGAACUAUUGUGUACACAGCGUAUACAUUUUAUAGCUGCUGGUAAUAAUUUCUUAUAGGAAGCAUAUAAAAGUAAGUGUAUUGUGUGUGUGUGUGUCAUGAAGUGAAUAUGAUCUUUGGAGCCUCUAUGUCCCUCCAUUUAGGUUUAAACCAUUUAAAAACAAAUUAAUCGUGGAAUUAUAGUGUCACGGUACUUCAGUUACUAUAACCACUUCAAUAAGAUUAAGCGCUUAGAGAGCCCUUUUGACAAGGCAAGGCAAGGGGGACCUUGCUGCGGUCCAAGUGGUGAGUGAACUGUAGCCUGCAGCUAAUGGGGCUAGGGUUUACUCUCACGAGAUCGGAGCAUUGCCAUAGUAACCGUGGCAACGCUUCACCCUCGCGAGAGGAUGAACUCGUCUGUGCUGUUAGCUGGUGCUCCCGGGUCCUCCUCUCACUUUUUCCUCCCUCGCCGGAAACCGCAGGAAAAUGCCUUUGGGCUGGUUCAGGCACACAGCAGGGCCAGCCCUGCAUGGCCCGGCAGGGGAGAUCCUCUGACUUUUCUCUGCCAGCUCGGCCCAUGACCAUCGCGGCCCUCCGGACAUUUGCCCGGUAGCCAGUCUGGGCCUGUAGAGGGGUAGCCGUUAACUGAUCUAGAAAAAUUAAGUAAUACAACUAAGCCAUAAUCACAGUUUGCCAAUUUCCCACCCUCAGUUUUGCCAUUCUGAUUUAAUUUGCGAAUAUUCCAGUUUCAUGAAUAACCAUGCUGGUUGCUCAACUAACAUAAUAACACUUUCAAUGAGGGAAAAUUAAAUAAAUAUUACAAACAAAAUCACAUUACUCAAAGCUAUUUGUAUUCAGCCAUUGGUUUGUUUCAUAAGGCUGUGUGAUGCUUUGUAACCCUGAUAUUUUUAUUUUAUUUUUUUUAAUGAAAAUAUUUCAGUAUGUUAUAGUAUUUGCCUGCUACGCAUUUUGUUUCUCAAAAAAACUUUUAUUGAAAAGCUUCAAUGAAAGACGGGAUAAAACAGACCCAAUUUAAAUGAAAGAUGUAUUCUGAUUUUCUGCCUGGUAAUUUCAGUCAGUCAGAUUACAAUGCAGAGAAGGCACAAAGCGAAUGCCAUAUAGAACCCCCCUCUCCCUAUUGAAAAGUCGUACUUAAUUUAUCCAUUUGGUUUGUAAGGUGCUCUAUUGCGUGUGUGUCAUGCAAUCCCCACUGAGUACUAACCUGUGGAUAGCUAGCAUAAUCCUGCAAAGCUAGCCCCGUGGAAGUGAACGUAGUGACGUGAGCUUCUUCACCACCAAAGUACAUGACCAUCGAGGAAGUCAAUAAAUAGUUGACCCACAUGGAGGUGUCACACCUACUGCUUGCAUCCUACCACUCAAUUUUCUAUUGCUAAUGUGUAAAUUCUGCAUUAUGAAUGUGGCUAAAUUGAACACAUCUUGUCCUGAAGGGAACUAGAGAGAUGCAGUUUUUGUUAAGUCUCACUCGAAAAGAACGGGCAAGGUGCCCAUAGUCUCAGUCUAAGCAGCAUAACCCAUAUUCAUUAUGACUUUGUUGCUAAGAUCUUUACUAUAUCCAUAGAAAACAAAGCAUUUUUUGCACCAUACCUGACUCUACUUUCCAUAUUCCAUAAGUUCCAUAUUGUAUUAUCAUUGUAUUUUUCUUCGUAACUUGCACCACUUAAUGAAAUAAUCAAUGUUCUCCUCAUUUAUAGAAUUUGGAAUCUUAUGACAAACACGUUUAAAAUAAACAUGGUAAUACAAAUUCCCUUUGAACAAAACAAACAUUGCAUUAGAAAAUGUAUGUUCUGUUCUGUAAAAUAAUAGAGAAAUAAUGUAAAACAAAAUGAUGAUAAACAAUUAGAAACAUCUCAAAAUGUUUUAAAUGGAAACUUAUGAGAAAGGCCAAAUCCAUGAAUGUCGAUGUGUUUGCUGAUGGCAUAGGGGAGGUCUUGAAAAAUACUGACUCAGUAACCGUGGUAUGUAGAACAAUAAAAGGAACAUCCCAUAUAUACGUGUAAAAAAAAAAAAAAGAAAGGUUUUAAAUAUUCAAUUUAUUGCUUUACAAGAGGCGAAGAUGUCAAAGGCGAGAAGUUACAACCAAGUGCCCUUUCACAAUACUCGAGGUCAGGAAGUUAUGAACACAUGGGCCCAACUGUGUGUUAAAUUGCAUGCAUGGCUGUGUAUGUGACAGAAAAAUGCUUGUUCGCCAAUGUGAACACUAGCCUUUUUAAUUAUUAAGCCUUGAACCUCCUUAAACCCAUAGGGAAUUCACUUGUCUUAAGAAGCAGUAGCUCUCGCCUUACUAAUGAAAAGUAUCAGAGUUUUGACAAUAGAUAUAAACCGUGUAUCACUGAAACAAUUAUGCUAAUUGGACAAGUACUUAGUAGACAAAGGGAUUGUGCCUAAAGCUCUAAAGCAAUUAUCCAAACUGAAAUUUUACAUCUACGUUCCCUUGUAACAUAACUCGCUGUGGUUCAAAGGAUUUGGCAAGGAUAUUCGUUUGGCUCAUUUCUAACCCAGUCCUCCAGAUGAGAUGCUUCUCAAUGUGAAGAAAAUUAUACCAACCAUGAUACGGAUGCUGUAAAGUCUUAAUUGAGGAAUGAAGUGCAACCCCCUUAUUCUGGCAGGAAAUAUAGAUCUUGGCAUAACUUCUAAUUGUGCCAAGUUACAGAAUUCAGUGUUUCUGUUGACUGUAUGGGCGAGAAUAUUUAAAGGAGAACUGUCACGUUGCUGGAUAAUACAACAAUGAAAAUCAUCUAUAUAUUGUGUUAAACUUUUCUUUAAGUGGUGCUCACUUUACAUUGCCAUUACAGAUGUGACUCCUGCCUAAUCAAGAAUAAUACUUUUCUACAGUAUCGCAAGAAUGUAAUAAAUAUAAGCUUAUAGGCUAAUAGACAUAAUGACUACGAUCAAAGUAAAUUGUCCUUACUGGAACAAACAAUGAAAGAAAUAACACAUUGUAGGAGAAAUAAACAGAUAAAUAACUAAAGAACAACUCUGCCGUACAAGAGAACGUAAUGUCCCAACGAGCUAACGGACAACUCCUUGACGAAAGAAAGGCAAAUACUGCGUCUGAAUAACUGUGGAGUCGCAGCCUCAUAGUCUAUAGGCCCAAAUAUGUAAAGAGCCGAGAGAAACAUUGUUUUAUUUACCAUCUUCUCUGUAUUCUGAUUAGCAGGUGCAAGAGACUGAGCUUGUAACAGUGAUUGACAGGAAGCCAAGAUGGAGGCACCCAGGUGCAGGAUAAAGGUGUGGAUUCAUGCAUUUAAUUAUAUUUUUCCACACCUCACAGAAAUAUGUAUGUGUGUGCUAAAAAUAGGGGAUAAGUAAAAAAUCAUUUAAAAAAUUCAGGCGAGUGACUGUCUCCUUUCACCACUCUAGAUAUACUGACAUGCAAGGUGUGUGUAAUAGCUAUUCGCGUUUACACUUAAAUUCUAAAUAUUCUACAUGGAUUUAUUUUUUAGCUAUAGGAGACUGGUAUUGCCAUAGACAUACAAUGGCAAUAGUUAUGGAUGUGAAAGGACUCCAUGUUCUAUUGGAAGACAUAUUAAAGGGAAACUAUAGUCACCAGAACAACUACAGCCUAUUGAAUUUGUUCUGGUAAGUAGAAUCAUUACCUUCAGGCUUUUUGCUGUAAACACUGUCUUUUCAGAGAAAAUGCAGUGUUUACAUUACAGCCUAGUGAUAACUUCACUGGCCACUCCUCAGAUGGCUGUUAGAGAUCCUUCCUGGGUCAUGGCUGCCUAAAAUGCAUCCAAACAUUCAGUGUCUCCUCCCUCUGCAUGCAAACACUGAACUUUCCUCAUAGAGAUUCAUUGAUUCAAUUCAUCUCUAUGAGGAGAUGCUAAUUGGCCAGGGCUGUGUUUGAAUCAUGCUGGCUCUGCUCCUGAUCUGCCUCCUUAUCAGUCUCAGCCAAUCCUAUAGGGAAGCACUGUGAUUGGAUCAGGCUACCACAUGUCAGCAGACUGCUUGUUUUUCUGAGUCUAACAGCAUGCAGAUUUACAGCUUCAGGCCUGAAUACAGUAAGAUUUUUUUAACUAUAUUUAUGGAGGUCCAGGGGGGAUAGAUGUUUUUUUUAACACUAUAGGGCCAGGCAGGGCCACCAUCAGGAGGUGACAACCAUAACGGCUGCCCGGGCCGCACGCUGAUGGGGCCCAUCAGGUGGCCCAUGCACUUAUGGCCACCUGAUGGGCCCUAUAUCUUCAGGGGCCCGGUCAGCGCUGUGGCCGUGGUAAAAAAAAAAAAAAAAAGCAGCUGCAGCAAGUGCUGCUGGGAGGAAGUGGUCACUUCCUCCCAGCUCACUCCGCGCGGGAGGAGCGCGCGCCCGGCAUUGAGGGAGAGCCGUGCCGACUACUCCCAUCAGCCCCAGCCACCCUCCUGCAAAGAAAAGGUAAGAGACAGGAGGGUGGCUUAAAAAUUAGCUGUGUGUGUGUGUAUGUAUGUAUGUCUAUUUAUGCAUGUCUGUAUGUCAUUAUGAAUGUAUGUAUGUCUGUAUGUAUGUAUCAGUGUAUGUAUGUAUGUAUGCCAGUAUCAAUGUAUGUCUGUAUGUAUGUAUGCAUGCAAGUAUCAAUGUAUGUCUGUAUGUAUGUAUAUAUGAAUGUAUGUAUGUAUGCCAGUAUCAAUGUAUGUCUGCAUGUCAUUAUGUAUGUAUAUAUGUAUGUCAGUAUGAAUGUAUGUCUGCAUAUCAUUAUGAACGUAUGUCUGUGUGUAUGCCAGUCUGAAUGUAUGUAUGUGUGUAUGGAUGUCAGUAUGUCAGUGUGUAUGUGUGUGUCAGUAUGAAUGCCUGUAUAUGUGUAUGUCUGUUUCAGUAUGUGUGUCUGUUAGUAUGUAUCUGUGGGCGGUAUUUGGAGGCGGGCCCCAGGGGGCCCAGACCCUGAGCUGAGUUAGGGGCCCCAAAAUUUCUGGUGGCGGCCUUGCGGCCAGGAAUACAUGUUUGUGUUCCUGACCCUAUAGUGAUCCUUUAAUAUUAACACUACAGCAUGCAGUGAGAGUUCAUAAUUUUUAAAAAAAAUUGAAUUCCAACUUUGUGGAAACAAUUUUAGGAUGGCCUUCUCUGAAUGAUAAUGCCCCAGGCACAAAGCUCAGUCCAUUAAGAAAUGGUUUGACAAGGAUCAGUGUGAGAACAUAUCUUUCGCAGAGUCCUGACCUCAAAAAAUGUGGACAUUUCUGGGAUGAUUGCUGAAUAUUGAUGGGAAGCCAGGCCUCGAAGCAUUCUAACAUGGAACAUUGUGUUCAGCCAAUAGCAGAUAACAUAUUUGUCCCAUGCUGCAUUAUUCUCAUAAUUUGCAUGAUUUCUCUAUGAAAUCUUGUCAAGUUACUUAUUUUUGGAUUGUUUUUUUCGUUUCAUUAGUCAUAUUCAUGCUCAGAGGUCAGCAUUGUGGCCUUGGACCGUAAUGUACAUUAACUUUUAUGCUAUCAUAAUACAUUUUUGACUUUUUGGCAACACACAGAUUACUGUCUAAUUUCAUGUAUCAUUAACUUGUAUUUGAUUUGACAGUGGAUAAAAGAGGAAAAAUACAGAUUUGUAUUUUAGCUGUGUUACCACUUUGCGCAAAUGUCAUAUUAUGUACAGUUAAUCCUUCAGAAUAUUUUGGUUAAAAAAUCCCUCUUAUCCUCUUGCAAAGGGUGAGGUGGAAUUAAAGGGACACUAUAGUCCCCAGAACAACUAUAAUAUAUUGUAUUUAGUCUGGUAAGUAUCACCAUUCCCUUUGGGCUUUUUGCUGUAAACACUGUGUUUUCGUUGAAAAGGCAGUAUGUACAUUACAGCCUAGGGAAACCUACACUGGCCACUCUUCAGAUGGCUACUAAAGUUGCUUCCAUUGGGCAGCUCUGCCAUUCAGUGUCUCCACCCUCUGCAUGUAGACAUAGAACUUUCCUAAUAGAGAUGCAUUGAUUCAGUGCUAGAUGUUGGUUGUUAACACUAUAGGGUCUGUGUUCCUGACCCUGUAAUGUUCCUUUAAGAGGUGCGAGAAUUUUAGACUGAGGCUGCUGAGGCCACAUGCAGUUGCCGGGCAGGAGAGAAGCCGGCAGGUGGUUUGGAGGCUCUGCUAGCAAGCUGAAGUUCAGCCGGACAAGCGCGGCUUUAUUACAUCUGCUGAUGAAGUAAUGCAUGAUGUCACUCCCAGGAUCCUGUGUUGUUACAGUGUCAACCUCUCUGGAGCUGUUUUUAGAUGUAUUACAAGCCCAGCUUCAUGUAGCUUACAUUAGAUGCACGCAAUGAAACAUCCUGCUUCUUAUAAAGAUAAGAAAAGGUGGGUGGGGCUCAUGAACACACUCCCCCAAAAAAAGCAGAAGAAAAAAAAACAAAAACAAAACAAACCUUAACCCCUUCCCGACCGAGGACGGUUCAGGACCGUCAUCGGGAUUUUCCCAUUGCGGACCGAUGACGGUCCUGAACCGUCCUAACGGUUUCCGUUACUUACCUGAUCGCCGUCGUUCCCCCGGCGGCGAUCAGUGUUGCUCCCGGUGUGUGGAGACUGCCUGCAGCCCAGACAGUCUCCCCACACUGAUUUAGGACCCCUGGGGCCAUGUGAUCGCUUAACAUAGCGAUCACAUGGUCACAAUGGGUGUCCAUAGUGCUGCCUGCAGGGGGACUGUCUGUGCUGACAGGCAGUCUCCCUGCUAGUGUAAAAUCAAAAAAAAAAAUAAAGUUAAUGUUAAUAAAAAAAAAUAAAUAAUUAUAUAUGUGUAUAUAUGAUAUAUAGACAUAUAUUAUAUCUAUAUAAUAUAUGUCUAUAUAUCAUAUAUAUAAUGCCAUACUAAGUGUAUUUUUAUAUUAAUAUGUACUUAUAUUAAUAUAAAAAUACACUUAUAAUUAAAUUACACACGUAUAUAUAUAAUAUAUAUAAUAACUAUAUAGAUUGUAUAUAUAUAUUAUUAUAAAAUAUAAAUAAUAAGUAAUUUAAAUUAAAUAAUUUUUUUUUUAAAUAAUAAUAAAAAUUUUAAAAAAAUUAUAUAGCUAUAUGAAAUUUUAUUCUAACUGUAUUUUAAAAUUAAUAUAUAUAUAUUUAUAUCAAAAUACACUUAGAAUGAAUUUGUAUAUAUAUCUAUGUAUAUAAAAAUAAAUAAAAAUAAUAAGAAAUAUACAUACGUCCAUAUACAAAAUUACAUAAAUAAUUAUAUAAAUAUACACGUAGACUUCAAAUAUAUAAAUAUGCAUAUAUAUUUAAAUUCUACGUGCGUAUUUAUGUAAUAUUUUUACAUAAUUCAGUAAUUUUAUUGAUUGCAAUUUGAGGGACCUGCCUGCCAACCCAGGCCGAAAUUCCAGAGAAUUUAAUUUGCUAGCACUGUAUUUUACCCUGUAACGUUCUACGACACCCUAAAACCUGUACAUGGGGGGUACUGUUUUACUCGGGAGACUUCGCUGAACACAAAUAUUAGUGAUUCAAAACAGUAAAACAUAUCACAGCGAUGAUAUUGUCAGUGAAAGUUACUUUUUUUGCAUUUUUCACACACAAACAGCACUUUUACUGAUGAUAUAAUUGUUGUGAUACGUUUUCCAGUUUUUAAACACUAAUAUAUGUGUUCAGCGAUGUCUCCCGAGUAAAACAGUACCCACCAUGUACAGGUUUUAUAGCAUUUUUGAAAGUUACAAGGUCAAAUACAUGGGUCAAAUAUUUUUACAUUGAAAAUGGCCAGGUUGGUUUGUUGCCUUUGAGAGCGUAUGGUAGCCCAGGAAUGAGAAUUACCCCCAUGAUGGCAUACCAUUUGCAAAAGAAGACAACCCAAGGUAUUGCAAAUGAGGUAUGUCCAGUCUUUUUUAGUAACCACUUAGUCACAAACACUGGCCAAAAUUAGCGUUCAAUUUAGUUUUUUUACUUUUUUCACACACAAACAAAUAUGAAUGCUUACAUUGGCCAGUGUUUUCGACUAAGUGGCUACUAAAAAAGACUGGACAUAACCCAUAUUGAAUACCCUGGGUUGUCUACUUUAAAAAAAAUAUGUACAUGUGCGGUGUUAUUCAGAGAUUUAUGAUGAUAAUAGUGUUACAAUGUCACUAUUGAUAAAUUUUAAAAAUGUUUUGAAACCUAGCUUAUCCUACUUGUACCUAUAGCCCUCCCAUAACAUGCAAAAAGCAAAAAGCACGUGAACACUGGGUAUUUUAAACUCAGGACAAAAAAUUUUUGAAUCUUAUUUAGCAGUUUUUCUAUCUGCUAGAAGAGAGUAAAAAGAUUUUCAAGUAAAAGUCAAAAACAUGUGUAUUUUUUCUACCUCUUUUUUUUCUACUCAGAUUUUUAUUUUUUUUAAAUUCUUUUUAAAAAUACAUGAGAUUAUAUAAAUAAUGGUAUGUAAAGAAAGCCCCCUUUGUCCUGAAAAAAACAAUAUAUAAUUUGUAUGGGAACAGUAAAUGAGAGAGCGGAAAAUUACAGCCAAACACAAACACCAGAAAAGUGUAAAAAUAUUCCUGGUCGCAAAUGUACAACAUCGCAAAAACAGUCCAGUCCUUAAGGGGUUAAAUCACUUUCCAUUAGGAGAAAAGGAACCAGAGGCAGGCCAAUUACCAAACACACUCACCAUUCACACAUUUCAUGCAGUCACACUGACUUUACUCCGUCUUCCUCCACAUAUACAAUCAUUUUCCAUGCAUAUACCGCUUGCAUUCUUAUACAAACUAACAUUUUAUGCUUUGGGAAAAAAAUUAAAAUGUGUGUUGUGCACUUUUUUGUAGCAAGUACAUUUUAAGCCUGGCUAAUAAAUUAUGUUUUAUAUGCUGUUGUAGUGGUUAUAGAGUUAGUAGGCUGCGGGUGCUGUCCUCUGAUUCUGUUUCAAACCAGUUUUGGAGGUUUGAACAAAACUGGGGUCCUUGUGGCCUGGCCUUUGCCUUUGGGACCCCAAAUUUUGAUCACUACUCAUAAUAAUAUGAUCCAGAACUGGAGGAGAGCACCAGCUCCCUGCUUGUACCAUAGUUACCACAAUGGCAUUAUGGGGCUUAAACCCCCCGUCAACAUUUUUCUAGCCUUGGUAUUAUCAAGCAUUUUGUCCAGUGAUAUUAGCUCUGUUUGUUAAAGAUGCUACAGAAUUCUGGAACAAAUUAAUAUAUUAGAGGCAUAUUAAGCUUCUGCUGUAGCCCUUCUACAAAUGCCAGGAUUCUCUUAUCAGCAAAGACUUGCUUAUUCUGGUGUAAGUCUCGUACCACAAGUUUAAUCAUGCACCCAUACAUUUUAAGUUUUCUGACUCUUUCUUCUUAACCGUGAUAUCACAAUCGAUACAGUGCAAGCUUUCUUAUCAGCCCUUACCAAUUUCCUUCUCCAUUUUGAUGUCUUUAUGACAUACUCCAGUUAAGCAAAGUGACAAAUUGCGCCUACUAUUACAAACGUCCUGCUUCCCAUCUCUCGUAAUACAUAAUGCUUCAUCUCGUACAAACCUCACAUUCAGUAACUAUCACUAUGUUCACUUUAGUGCAAGCUUUCUUAGACAGCACAUUAUUUUUAAGCAAGUUUGCUUGGUCAUUAGUCAUUCAAUUGGAAUUUCAGAAAUUGUUAAAGUACUGUGUAACUGAAGGGUUCCAUGGUCUGGGCAUUCUACAAGCAAAUACCCGACCGUAUGGGUCACAUUUAUAAUCUACUUGCUUUAUGUGCGGUUUAUAGAGAAAAAAGUCACAUGUAACAUACAGGAAUUACACAAAAUGAAUUGGAAUCCAGAAUCAGAAUAUUGUCAUUUUUAAAUUGCAUUGGGGCAAUGUAACGCAGGUCUGGGUCGUAGAAUCAAGGUGAUGGAUAAUAAAUCUUCCUGGCAAUCUGCCAUAGAUUGAUAAUCCUCUUUUUCAUCAGAUAAACUAUAAAUGCUGGAUUUAUAUGUGGCUUUGCCAUUUAAUUAACCUUAAAAUGUUUAUAAUCUGCCUUUAGGGAACAAUUUUGCUUUGACUAAAGUUGGUGUUACCCAGCUGCAGACAUGAUUGCUAACUGCGAGCUCUUAACCUGCUCUGAAAUAAGUGUUUCAGAUUAAACUGAACUGUUGUGAAAGCUUGCAUUAAGUGUGAAAUGCGUCCAGCUAGGAUUACCACCACUGGCACAGCCGAUUAGUUAAGGCUGCCUGGCCGGUUAUGUUAAUGCAAAAAUAGCAGCAAUACAAAUACCGAUAGUUUUCUUGGCAAAGACCUCGUAGCAGGUCAAAACGUUGCCGCUCCUCCUUCACAUUUGUUUGACCCAAUAAAUUUGCUUUUGGUUUGAAGACUACUGGAGACUACUCUUCUGUUUACCUGAGCGUUGUGGGAUUGCUGGUCCUGCUCAGUGCACCUUGUUUCCACUGGGAUUUAGUGCGGCUCCUCUCUUCAUUUGUGUAACACAGUAUUUUUCUCUGAGUGAGAUUAGCAAUAACGCUGCCGGUCAGUAGGGGUGGCUGUGUGUGGAGAGAGGCGGGGGUAGAAAGUUACAGUAUAUCUCUCCCUUUCUCUCUCUACUCACUGAAUCUUCUGGGGAGCAACUGCACAGACAGCCGCUCUCCGCUUGCAGGCCAGGCAAGUGAGGGGGGGGGGGCUCAAGUACGAGGUCAGGAUGCAAGGAGAGACACAGAUGAGGUUAACCGGAUGGGAGGGGCACAGAUGGAGGGUAACAGGAUGAGAGAGGCACAGAUACCCAUACACAGACUAAGCCCUCCCCACACACACAGACUGAGCCCUCCCCACACACACACACACACUCACCCCGACAUACACUGACCCAUGACACAUACACACAAACUUACACAUACACACAGACUGAGCCCUCCCCACACAUACAGACUGAGCCCUCCCCACACAUACAGACUGAGCCCUCCCCACACACACACACACACACACUCACCCCGACAUACACUGACCCAUACCAUACACACAAAGACUGACACAUACACACACACACACACAGACUGACACAUACACACACACAGACUGACACAUACACAGACUGAGCCCCCCCCCCCACACACACACAGACUAAACCACACACAGUGACUCCCACUUACCAGUAGCUGCCUGGAUGCCUCUGUGCAGAUCUGAGAUUCCUCUCCCUGUCUCUCCCCUGCACUGAUCUCUGUGACCCAGGGGAAGGUCCUCCCAGCACAGCGCCCCCUCAGACCGUUCAUUGGGAAAUGGGUGGAACUAAAUUACACAGUGACAGUGCUGCUGUAGCUUGUGAAGGGAGAGACGCAGUACUCCCGACUUUAAUUUGACACACCUGGUUGGACCCAUUCUCUUUAAUAUUUUUAUCAGUGAUGUUGCAGAAGGUCUUGAUGGUAGGGUAUUUCUUUUUGCUGAUGAUACUAGGAUAUAUAACAGGGUUGAGGUUCCAGGAGGGAUAAGCCAAAUAGCAAAUGAUUUAGGUAAACUAGAAAAAUGGUCAGAGCUGUAGCAACUUACAUUUAAUGUGGAUAAGUGCAAGAUAAUGCAUCUUGGACGUAAAAACCCAAGGGCAGAGUACAGAAUAUUUGAUAGAGUCCUAACCCCAACAUCGAAAAAAUGGGAUUUAGGGGUAAUUAUGUCAGAUGACUUAAAGGUAGGCAGACAAUGUAAUAGAGCAGCAGGAAAUGCUAGCAGAAUGCUUGGUUGUAUAGGGAGAGGUAUUAGCAGGAGAAAGAGGGAAGUGCUCAUGCCAUUGUACAGAACACUGGUGAGACCUCACUUGGAGUAUUGUACACAGUACUGGAGACCGUAUCUUCAGAAGGAUAUUGAUACUUUAGAGAGAGUUCAGAGAAGGGCUACUAAACUGGUUCAUGGAUUGCAGGAUAAAACUUAUCAGUAAAGGUUAAAGGAUCUUAACAUGUAUAGCUUGGAGGAAAGACGAGACAGGGGGAUAUGAUAGAAACAUUUAAAUACAUAAAGGGAAUCAACACAAUAAAGGAGGAGACUAUAUUAUUUAAAUUAAGAAAAACUACCACAACAAGAGGACAUAGUCUUAAAGGUACACCAUAGUCACCAAACAACUUUAGCUUAAUGAAGCAGUUUUGGUGUAUAGAUCAUGUCCCUUUAGUCGCACUGCUCAAUUCUCUGCCAUUUAGGAGUUAAAUCACUUUGUUUAUGAACCCUAGUCACACCUCCCUGCAUGUGACUUGCACAGCCUUACUAAACACUUCCUGUAAAGAGUCAUCUAAAGUUUAUCCUUCCUUUAUUGCAAGUUCUGUUUAAUUUAGAUUUUCUUAUCCCCUGCCAUGUUAAGAGUCUAGCAAGAGUCUCCUGUAUGUAAUUCAAUUUCAAUUUAUAGAGAAAGAGAUACAAUUGUUUAAGGUAAAUUACAUCUGAUUAAAAGUGAAACCAUUUUUUUUUAUGCAGGCUGUGUCACUUAGAGUCCAGGGAGGUGUGACAAGGGCUGCAUAAAUAGACACAAAGUGAUUUAACUCCUAAAUGGUAGUGAAUUGAGCAGUGAAACCUGAGAAGCAUGAUCUAUACACUAAAACCGCUUCAUUAAGCUAAAGUUGUUUAGGUGACUAUAGUGUCCCUUUAAAUUAGAGUGGCCAAGGUUUAAAAAUAUCAGGAAGUACUUUACUGAGAAGGUAGUGGAUACAUGGAAUAGCCUUCAAGCUGAAGUGGUAGAGGUUAACCCCAUAAACGGAGUUUAAGCAUGCGUGGGAUAGGCAUAAGGCUAUCCUAACUAUAAGAUAAGGCUAGGGACUAAUGAAAGUAUUUAGAAAAUUGGGCAGACUAGAUGGGCCAAAUGGUUCUUAUCUGCCGUCACAUUCUAUGUUUCUAGUUGUAGUUAUUGAAGCUUGAUGUUAUGUUAAGCUUAAUGACUGUACCUCGAAACCACUCUGUAACCAUAUUACUGAAUAAUUCCUCCGUAUUUCAGCUUUAAAAAGCCCCAAUUGUAGAGACCAUUGUAAAUAAAGAAAUAGAAAAUUGUUUGUUUUCUAAUAUCUGAAAAUACCAGACUUGGAGAAUGGGAGCUUAAAAGUCAUAUUUUGAGAAGUUAAUAUUUUGGUCAAAACACAAUUCACAGCAAAUUAGUUUACAUUUUUUUGUUUGUUCUUGGUUUGCUUUUGAGUUCUGUUUAAAAUAUAGCAGUACAAUGAAUGAGUAAUUAACCACCUCAUCUCACUGACAUGAUUAUGAUGAAUGGAGUCCUGUAUUGUUUAAUCUUAAACUGCUCAGUAAAUUUAUUUGGUUAUAGUGCCUAAGGUGUCUCUUUUAAUUGUUAAUAUAGAACGACAAAUUAAAAUUUCUAUUUAAUUGGUUAUUAUUCUUUUUUUUUCUAGGUAUAUAUUAGAAGAGACGAGAUGAAUCCCAGGAGCCAGUGUGUGAGGUUGAAGUGAAGAGUGGAGAGGAUAAGUAGAAGAUCUGAUCCAGAAUGACCAGGUCAAGGCUAUUUUGUUUGUUGGUCAUUUUGGUUUCAGUUUUCAUGAUCCUUUUCAUCAUUGUUUAUUGGGAUAAUGUCGGAACUACAAACUUUAACGUUCACACUUCCUUCUCAAAGUCUAUACUGGCACAGUCAAAUGAAGAACGUCCAACGACUGCACCAACCGUAGAGAACAAUGUUGCAUCAGAUGUAGAUGAAUUUUUAGAUAUUUUUCUCAAUUUUGGAUCUACAAAAGGUUUCUUUCAGAGCACAAAAACAGAAAACCUGCAGCUACGGGGCUCGAACAGCCAAGAGGAAAUUGUGAGGGGAUAUGACUGGUCCACCAAAGGUAAAUUAGACGAUGGAAUUCUUGAUCAGGAAAUACAAGAGGAAAGGAAAUUGAAUCUACGUAAAUUUUGUGCAAAUUCUAGCUUUGAUUUUCCAACCAAGGAACGUUCAUUUGAUGAUAUUCCUAACCGUGAAUUAGAUCACUUAAUUGUCGAUGAUAGGCAUGGAAUUAUUUACUGCUACGUUCCAAAGGUUGCGUGCACUAAUUGGAAGAGGGUGAUGAUCGUGUUAAGUGAAAGCCUCUUGGAUAAAAAGGGAGUCCCAUACCAAGAACCUCUACAGAUCCCUCGUGAAGAUGUUCAUAAUACUAGCAGUCAUUUAACCUUCAACAAAUUUUGGCGUCGAUAUGGGAAAUUCUCUAGGCACAUGAUGAAAAUCAAGUUGAAGAAAUACACCAAGUUUCUGUUUGUCCGUGAUCCUUUUGUGCGUCUUAUCUCUGCCUUCCGUAGCAAGUUUGAGUUGGAGAAUGAGAACUUCUACCGCAGCUUUGCAGUACCUAUAUUGACACGCUAUUCCAAUCGAACCAACGUGCCCACUUCUGUAGGUGAAGCAUUCUCUUCGGGCAUGAAGCCAUCUUUUUCUCAGUUUAUACAGUAUCUUUUAGAUGAGAAAACGGAAGAGCAGAAACCAUUCAAUGAGCACUGGCGACAAAUAUACCGCUUAUGUCACCCGUGUCAAAUUGAAUAUGAUUUCGUUGGAAAGUUGGAAUCUCUGGAUGAAGAUGCAGCCUUGCUUCUAAGACAAUUAAAUAUAGAUUCACUCUUCCAAUUCCCUCCCAGCUAUAGAAACAAGACUGCAAGUAGUUGGGAAGAAGAUUGGUUUUCAAAACUUCCUCUCUCUUGGCGCCAGAAACUGUAUAAGUUAUAUGAGGCAGACUUUGUGCUUUUUGGGUACCCAAAACCGGACAAUUUAUUGAGGGUUUAAAAUCAUGAAAUCCUUUUCCUUGAAAUACCAAAAAUUAACAAUAUUUUAUUGCCUUCCAUCAAAAUUUCUUGGGAUUUUACCGUUUUGUAAGUCUGUAUUUUCCAUAUUAUGCAAAAACAAGGAUUAUUUGUCAUAUGCUAAAAGAAAGUGAAUAAUUCUUCAGAUGGCUAAGCUUUCAAAAAUUUACAACCUUUUUUUACAACAUGUUUGCAAAAAAUUUGAAAAGAAAAAAAAGUCCUUCCAAUUAUGCCUUCUCAGGAGGAGAUCUCUUAAAUGAGUUUUACUAUUAUUUUAUAAAUUAAUAUAUAAUUUAAACUAUUUAAUACAGAGUUUCAUGAAGCCUGUUGAGUAAGUACUUUGCUGUAGAACGAGAAGUGUUGUUACACACAGGAUGUUCUUAAAAGGGAAAUGACAAGUAAAACAUUUUUAACAAAUUAUACAUGUACAGAAAGUUUAAUUGCUCUUGUAUGUAAGUAUGUUUGUGUGUGUGUGGGAAUGAAUGUGCAUACACAAAUAUCAAUGUUUUGUGUAGUUAUGAAUGAAAUAUGAAACACAUUUUAAAUACUUAAUUUGAUUUUAAGCACUUAAAACAUUUUAAUGUCAUCUAUUGACUAUAUAGCUAACUUAGUGCAGCUUCUAAAAAUACUCUAAA